CUCACUCUCGUGUCUAGAUUGCAGUUACGUUCUACUGUAGUUUUAUGUCAGCGCAAGUUACGAUCGUGAUCCAACUAUCAUUCGAUACUUUUAUCUUAUUUAUGUGUUCUUGAAAAUAUUUAUGUAGGUUUAGUAACAUAUUUUGUUUAAACAAUAUUUCUGUGUAGUGAGUUGCAUUGACCAUAUUCGUACAGAUUUAAGUACGCAUUUUUCUUGCUGUUGCCAUAUAAAUUUUAUGGUCCACACGUAUAUUUGUAUUUAUUUUUAAAUAAUAUUUUUGUUAAUUUGGUGUUAGACGAAAAUUAACAUUUGUCAUAGAAACGAAUCUUAAUUUAACAUCUCGCAGAUCUCACAUAAGACGCAUACAAGGACAUACAGAAGAACGAUUUACACAUUUUCCAAGUUUCAGCCAUUAAAAUCGAGACAUAACGAAGAUACCUGUGUUAAUAAAAUGAGUGACGAUUUUGAUCCUUGUGAAUACUUUUGGAGUAACGAAUUACUCGUACAACGUCUACUUCAUAUCCUACGGCAAACGCAAAAUUUCUGUUCGGAUACUGAAUGUUUCAGUUUCUCAAGACUACCAGGACCGCCUCCUGUAGAGUCGUCCUCUAAUUUUUUUCUAAUAUGUUUAUUUUUUGCAUUUAUGGUUGUAAUGUAUAUUACCAGACCAAGAUCUCUUCGACGUCCACAAUUGGAAUCAAAUGUUACUAAAAAUCGAGAUAACAUAUCUGGUUCGAACGAUGAUCUUCCACCACCCCCACCUGCAGGAAAUUAAAAACGCACAUAAAGAAUGGAUGAUAUAGACAAAUUUUGUUCUAUUUUAAUAGCUGGAUUUUUUAAAUGACAAAAACAACAAUAUUGGUAAUAAUUAAUUAAUUAUGAAUCGGAAAAAUGGUGAUCUGAGAAUUAUAUUUGUUUUUUUUUCUUUUCCUAUGCAGAAAUAUAUUUCAAAAAUUCAGUAUUAAUUUUCGAACGGUAUAAUUACUAUAUAUAUAUAUAUGAAAACGCAAAGUUUUAAUAGGAACUAUACAUAUAUUUUAUUCUAUCCUUUUCUCCCUUUGUUUUCUUCACUUCUUUCUACUAAUGCUUAUUAUUACAUAUUGUAUAUGGGGGGUAUAUACAGUGUGUACAGAAAUAAUGUAAAAUAUUAGCACUAAUGAUAAUAAAUGUAGGAAUAUAACAUGUGAUUGUAUAGCAAAAUGGGAUGGUAUAUGGCGUAUUUAAAAAUUAGUAUAAAGGAAUUAUUUUCUCAU